AGGUGAUUGAUUGUUGCUGUUGUUAUUGGCACGGUCGAUGAUCGAGCCGGUUCGAGGUGCUCGAUGCGAUGUCGGUUCGGGGUCGAUUAGGGUGAAGGUGAACGAAAACUCUAAAAAUAGGGCUAAAGACGAUCCGUUGGAUCUUCGCCUCGACCAGCGAACGUUCGGAGCAACCGUGGCCAUGAUGAAACAAUCGGAUACCCCACUGCGUUGCCUCUUGUUUGAUUGCUCGUACCAAUCAGCUAUUAUAGCUGCUACAGUAGUACCGGUAGUAUCCUUGUCCAAGUGGGUUGAGGAUAACAAAGGGGAAAGCUCGCUCAUCAGGAGAUAGUUUCAUUAUAGUUUCAUUAUUGCAGUUUGGGUAGUUACAGUAAAAAAACUCCACCAUGGCUCAACCACCAACCGCUCCAGCAGGGCAACCGUGGCCUUUUUUCGACUUGUUUCUCGAUGUUCCUCAUCCGGCGGCGAGUCCUCAUACACCCCCAGCAUACGUCUUUGGACCUCCAACUACAGCAACAGGAGGAACGCAGGAUAGCAUCGAUCAAGAACUAUCCAAGAACAUGCCGCAGAUUGCUCGUUUUGCCUUUCCGGAAUUUGACCAAGAUGCAUCGCCGCCUCCUCCACCGGAUCAAGCACCACCCGUGAAUCGAUUUGAUCAGUACGCCAUGCAGCCACCGGCAUUUCAGAAUUACACUUUUUCCUUGACGCUCCAGUCGGGAAUGAGGGUUCAUGGACAUGUUAGACGGUAUCUGCCCUGUCAUAUUGGAGCCAAAACACGCUACGAUGUCGGACGCAGAGGGGAACGGGCUCUGGUCAUUUUAACCAGAGUUACGGGAGCGGAUGCCGUAUAUUCGGCGGUGCUCAAGACCGUGGAUGCCCUCACGUCACACAUGCUGGCAAUGCCACAGUAUCUCACAAAGGAGGAACCCCAAAAGAAAUAUCUACAUGAACUCUUCCAAAAACACCAAAAAAUUGCCAUCUCCUACGCGGCAAAACCACCCGAUGCUAGAAACAAACCCGUCUUUCUUACCAUUCAAGAUUUGGAAGUGGGAACAAUGGGGGCCAAAAAGUUUGCACACGUCGAUUUUACCCAUUUCCUACUCCCACGGCCUCUUCUACUCCGUACAUCCAUGGGGGAUCUCGUCUCCAACAGCUCACGAACCAGUAUUCUGCCCGUCCUUCGAUGCUUGGGCGUCGCACACACAUUGAGGUUGCUCUGUGCCGCGCUAUGCGAACGUCGCGUCAUUUUGAUUUCGGCAAGUCCCACACGAUUGGCAACCUGUUUCAAGUCAAUCAUUGGCAUACUAGCACAAGGAUUGCUACAUUGGCAACACCUAUACAUCCCCGUGCUGCCUCCCCAUCUGUGGCAGUACUUGGCGGCCCCGUAUCCCUAUUUGAUUGGAAUUCUGGCGGCAUUGACGCCCCGUUUGGAUAGAACGGACGGUUUGGGGGAAGUGUUGAUCAUUAACCUCGAUCACAACAAUAUGGAAACCAGAGGCAUUCCCACUGACAAAAUCAACGAGAGGAUCCCGGACCUGUUGAGGAACAUGAAUGCCGAUCCUUACUCGGUCCAGCAGUUUGCGACUGGUCAAGCUUUGCCGGCAUCUUCCCCAGAAAUGCUGGCGCAGGAUCUUGUGGAGCUUUUGAAAAACGACAAAAAGACACUCAAUGGAGAGUCAGCGUUAGCAUCCAUGCAAGAUACGGCUGCAAAAGCUACCAAAGCCGUCAAGGGAGCGUUCUUCAAAUUGAAGGAGAAGAGUAAGAGCUUCCUCAAAACUUCCAGCUACAGCGAAAACGAUCAGGAAGAACCACCCGUAGAACCUGUGGAUCCUCCCGAAGUGAACCCCAUGGCACCUGACUACAUCUAUACCGAAGGAUGCCGCAAUGAAAUGGGAGAAGAGGAGGCCAGAAUAGCAUUUUGCUCAUUCUUUGUGUCGAUGAUUGGGAAUAUGAGAUGGUACUUGUCAGCGCAGCCGGGCCAACCACCUCAACUAGAUCGACAGCGAUUUCUUCAGCAAAAGCGGACGGGGGCGGAUGGCGAACAGUCCUCGAUGUGGCCACUUCUACAGACUUUUUGUCAGACGCAAAUGCUCGAAGAGUUUGCAAAGCUUCGUGUGGAAGAAUUGAGGCUCCGCCAGCAGGUUACCGUGGAAUCGCCACUGUUCCUUCAGUGCUCCAACUAUCACAAUCAGCACAAGAUCGACUACGGCCUUUUGAAUGUUCGGAGGGUAACUCGCCAGGUUGCCCAGUCGAGACCCUCGACUUUGAUGCAGGACACAAGCGCUCGGAGGAUCGCCAUGGAACUGACUUCGAAACGAGCGUUUGAAGGGGAUUAUAACAAAGUGCUCGCGGACCUCGUCGAGCAGUGCCGUGAAAGCAGCUCUGUAUUGUUUGAUGUAAUGUCGGUUGUAUGGAUUCGCAUGCGAGACAACCGAGGAUUGCAAUGGCGCCAUGCAACUCAUUCUCUGCAUAUUCUCAAGAAUCUUCUCUUUCAUGGCCCCAUCGCGGCAGUUGCAGAAGCCACGGAUGGGUUGGACAAGAUCCGGGCUCUCAAAUACUACAAUGGAAACAGACAAACGUCCAUUUGCGUCCAGAUUCGAACCGCAGCAACCCAAGUGUACAGCCUCGUGGUUGACAGGUCUAAAUUGUUCCACAUUCGACGGGUGUGUAUCAAUAAACGACGGGCGCUGAGGAUGCAAAAUAGGCCCAACCUUGCUCGCGACCCGAGACUUCAAAAGGCCAUUUCUGUCCCAUUCCACAAAGUGCACGCCGCGAUGAACCCAGGUGCACCAAGAGCUGCACCUGCGCCUCGAACUCCGCCGGCCUCUGUAGGCCAACCAGCACAACAAUAUAAUGCAACUCCUACGUUUGCGGUUUUGCCCCCGCCUCAGACACAGGCUCCACCGCCUGCUGCCCGACCAGCUCCUGUCGCCCAGAAUAGUGGGAUCGACUUGCUAGGAUUGAACCAGCCAGCAGCACCGGUAGCCGCUCAAGCACAAUCGAGCAACACUGAUAUCUUCGGGGUGUUCGGAGGGGGUCAGCAACAGGCGCCCCCCGCAGCUGCAUCGACUGGCUCGGACAUGUUUGGUAUAUUUGGAGACAUGGCAAUUGGCGGCCAAGCUCAAUCUCAGCCACCGCCAGCAGCCCAGUUUGCACCGCAACAACCUCCACCGCCGGCAAAUCACUAUGUGGCUCAGCAACAGCACCACCACCACCAAUAUCAUCGAUCACGGAGUACUUCUCCUGUCCCGCCUCAUCAGCAACUAGCGCAUACCCGAAGUUUAUCGCCCACGCCACCGUCCUUUUCCCAACAACCCCCACAGGCGAAUUUGGUGGCGCAACCACCACCACAGCAGUAUGCGGGUCAAAUGGCACCACAGCAGCAACGCUCCGUUUCGCCGGUACCGCCGAAUCGAAAUCGCGCAAUGAGCCAUUCCCCAACCCCUCCUUUUCAGCAGCAACAAGCAUAUGCUCAACCACAAGCUGGGUACGCCAUGCAACCUGGAGCAGUCCCUGCGUUUGCCCAAGCCCCUAAUUCAGGUGGCUACAGGGGUCCUCCACCAAUGUACCAAGGAAACCAGGCACCUAACUCUGGCAAUGCUUUCGCGUACCCACCGCAGCAGCAACAGCAACCUCCUCCACCCGGAGCCUACGGAGGACAACCACCGUCGCAAACAGGUCCUUUCUUUUGAAACAAGGUCUUGUUGAUAAAUACUAGUAGUCGAAUCUCC